UUCUGAGCCAACAAGAUGCUUGUAUUUUUAAAUUUCAGUUUGACGUUUGAACAAAUUCAAAUUAAUUUUUUAAUAUACAUAUUUCUUUUGGCAACACUUUUCUAAAUUAUCUGCUAACGAUGGAAAAGGAAAAAGAAUUGGGCGGGGAAGAAACUGAGUCAAUUCAAAUUAAGAUUGGAAUUAUUGGUGAAUCCGGUCUCGAUACCCCAGCAGUACUAGAAAAUAGAAUGGAGUAUGCCGUUUGUACCCCUUUUGGGAAGCCGUCGGACACCAUUAUCGAAGGAGACAUUGAAAACGUCCCGUGCUGUCUACUUUCACGGCACGGACGUAUACAUGAUAUAAUGCCAUCUAAUGUGAACUACCGUGCCAACAUUUGGGCUAUGCGCAAAAUGGGAUGUACUCACAUAUUAGUCACUCACACCGUAAGCUCUCUUCGAGAGCAUAUCCAGCCAGGAGACAUUGUAGUGCCUCAUGACAUAAUUGAUCAUACAACUGGACGCAUUUCAACGUUUUACGAUGGUGCUUUGGGUAGUCCAUUUGGAGUUUGUCAUUUACCUAUGUAUCCUCCAUUCAGUGAGCACACGCGAAACCAUCUUAUUUCUGCUGCCAAAGAGCUUGAUUUACCUACUCAUGUCAAGGGAACGGUCCUUACAAUCGAAGGGCCGCGAUACUCUACAAAUGCGGAAAAUAACAUUUACCGGAAAUGGGGAGCCGACAUACUAAAUAUGACACUUUGUCCGGAAGCUGUGCUAGCCAAGGAAGCCGGUAUUUUAUACGCUUCCUUAAGUUUGGUAACCAACAAAGAGUGCUGGUGCGUAGGCCAGCCAAUUGCAGCUACCCAGGAAAUUAUUUAUACGUAUAAAAAGCAAGUCGACAAAAUACAGAAAGUUUUAAUGAAAGCUAUAUCUAAUAUAGCAAAGGAAGACUGGGCCGAAGAAGUUUUAAAGGCAAAGAUAUUGGUAUGCAGUAAUUUUGCGAACAGCAAUCGAUAGAUCCGAUUCGUAGUCGAGGUUUUUCUUUGUACUCUUUUCCUUUAUCAUAAGAAUAAUAACGACCUAACCUACUAUAA